AUGAAGUUUGGAAAGCAGAUCGAAGAGUAUGAGCUGCCUGAGUGGAAAGGACACUACCUGCCUUACAAGCAACUCAAGAAGGAGCUGGAGAAGGUGGCGCAUCCCCAUCCCAAUGGCAACAGCCAUGGCAACGAUGAGGAACAACCUGCAGCAAGCAAAGGCUUGGCGAGAACCUCAAGCUGGACGGCCAUGCGGAAAGGCAGCCAGGAUGUCAACGAAUUCACGGAUCGCGAGUGGCUUCAACACGUGGAGAACGAGGCCAAGCGAAUUGGAGUUUUCGUGGACCGCGGGAUAGAUGGCCUCAACCAGCAGCUCGAGGAGCUCCAGAAGCUCAUCAGCGAGAGUGGAUUGGCCGUGGUCGACCACUCUGAGGCCAUCGAUGCAUAUGCCUCGGCUGACGAGGAGUCCAGCCACAUGAAGCUCCAUGCGCUCCAGGCCCUGGGCAACGUUUCCAUCGGCGUGCAGCGACUGCGAGCAUUUGCUGAGCUGAACUACGCGGCCCUCUACAAAAUCCUGAAGAAGCAUGACAAGCUUCUGAAGACGAAAUUCGGCUUGGAGCAGCUCUUCCCACGUUUGGUCAAGGAGACCAAUCUUAGCGAGCAUAGCCGCCUGCAAGUGCUGAACGACGAGGUGAAGGAGCUGUCCAUGAAAUGUUCUCAAACCUCAGAAUCGCCUGAAGUUGCGUGCCUGAUCCAUGGCUUGGGUCGCACGGGCCGGGACAUGACCUUGGUCAACCCAAUCUCGCACCGAAGUGAGCUGGUUUUAAGCUUUUUCCUCGGAAGCUCCUUGGCCUUGUUCUUGGCCAUCGGCGUGCUGCUGGCGUUACCUGAAAAGAGCCCGGCAGCCCAGUGA